AAACAACUGAUAUGAAGUUACUUAACUGAAAUCACAGAAAGUAAGUAAUACAAGACAAACAGACAAUCACAGUACACGAUAAUGUUUGAAUAUAAUGUAAAAACACAGCUUUUGAAGAGAUUCUUCUCAUGAUCGUAAACUAGGCACUUCCUGAAACUCUGUGUGAGAACAGUGUGAGAGGCCAUGUGUUUUUAAUAUCAAGUCUCAGCCUGUGUUUUCCUGGAAGCUCAAAAGCUCCACCCCGUGAAGCACAUUUUUCCUCACAGUGUGGACGCAGAGCAUAGAGACAGCACCAGUGACGCCUGCUGCCGUCUUGGACGGCAUCAGCUGUGGCAUCAGCUGUGGUUACCCCAUGUGGACGGUCGGUGUUUUUCUGGGGUGCAGUCCCACACCUUCCCGCCCCUAUUGGGAAGGCCUGUGGAUGAGCUGUGAGGUCGAGAGCACGGGUCAGAAGCAGUGUAAGGUUUACAGAUCCUUGCUGGCGCUGACCGAUCAAAUGCAGGCCGCCAGAGCCAUGGUGGUGGUCUCUGUGGUCGCGGGGGCGGUCGCCGUCCUCAUGGCCGCGAUCGGAGGGAAAUGCCCGUGCCUGGAGGACAAGGUUGUCAAAGCCAAAGUCAGCAUCGCGUCCGGUGUGACCUUCAUAGCAUCGGCCCUGCUGAUCAUAAUCCCAGUGUCAUGGAUUGCUUGUUCCGCGCUCACAACCCCCAUGAGGUUGGGUUCUGUGAAAAGGGACCUCGGGACUUCUCUUUAUAUCGGAUGGGCGUCUGGAGCGCUGCUGCUGCUGGGAGGGAGCCUGAUCUGCCUAAGAUGCCUUCCAAACCAUGAGAGACCCUACAAGUUCAUUACUUUCACUUCUAGCGCGAGUGAUGUGUGAGGGGUUCGGCCGCAGCCUCAGCAGAAUCAUGCUCUAAGGUUCAGUCACAUGUUGUUGCUAAAGCUGAAGGACGAAGGAAAAGGAAACUCAGUGACAUACUGUAUAACUGUAACUGUGUGGCUCUAUCAAAGGUGGUGCAUCUUUUCAUGUGAAUCUUUAUCUUUCUCUGAUUUCUUGUUACCAAUAGUUCAAAUAUUAAAUAGAUUGAACUACUCAUCUGUGCUUUGCUUUGAUAUGUACGAAUUGAAAUGCUGACAUUUGGAAAUGAGUCUGUUGAAUAAUUAUAAAAUAAUCAUUGCUCAACCUCA